AUGUAUGUUUUCUAUGGACAGCAGCUGGAGGUCUGUGUUAGAAAGGAGAUAGGAAAUCAUAAGGAAUUUGGAGAUGAAAGGCACAUUCCAAAGGCCAAAGCUACAGCUAUUGCAGAUACGCCCGAAUUAAAAAGAAUAGCGGAAAAUACAAAAAUCCAAUCGAGUAAGUAUCAUGAAGAUUUUGAAAAGGCUAAAGGCAAAUUUACCCAGGUCGCCGAUGAUCCUGAAACGUUGCGUAUUAAACAAAAUACAAAAAUCAUAUCAAAUGUGGCCUAUCAUGGUGAUUUGGAGAAAAAAGCUGCCAUGGAAAAACAACGCGGUGCCGCCGAAGCCUCUGACAAUUUAAAAGAUGAAUCGGAAUAUUUCUCAGAACAAUUGGCAGCUGAACAAUUCGCACAAUACGCACCCCAAAUACAAACACCCCAUUCACCAUUGCCACCACAACAAUUGUCCCCACGUUUGCCAAUGCAACAGCAACAACAACAACAGCAGCAACAAUACCACUAUGCAACACAACAACAGGCAAUGCCACCACCACCCAUACACCAUCAACAACACAAUACUGCUCAUAUUGUGCCCAGCAAUCAGGCUGCACAACAACAACAACAAUUACACCAUCAACAUCAAUAUGCUACACCACUACAGCAACAACAGCAACAACAAUUUAUACAACAUGAACAGCAACAACAAUAUCAACACUACCAACAACCACAAACAUUGCGUCAAUUAACCCCACAACAACAGCAACAACAACAGCAAGCACUUCAACAACAACAAGGAAUAAAACAAACUUCUCAUUUAUAUCCAUCUUCUACUUCGACAGCAACCAAUGUGCAACAGCAGCAUCAACAACAACAGCAGCAUCAGCAACAGCAACAUCAGUUGCAACAACAGCAAUAUCAACAACCUAGUAAUACAUAUAAUCAAUUGCGCUCAGCUAUAUUACAAAGUUCCCAUCAUCCAACUGGUGGCCUACAGGCCGAUUCCUCCCAAUCUUCCACACCAACCUCUUCCUCCACUCCCUCUUCAUAUUCUUACGAUCAGUAUGACAAUAAAAACUAUUCCAGACCACAAGCGCCACCAACAUCACAACAACAACCACCAACACACUCUCAAUUGUAUCAACAACACCAACAACAACAUCACAUUAACAAUAACAUCAACAACACUGCUACACUACAAAACAAUAACGGUGCUCCAAUUGCCACCCACCAUCAACAACAAACCUCUUCCGCCUCCUCCUACACUUCCCCCGGAUCCACUAAUCCCGGCAAUAAUGCUUCUGCUACUCAACAAUUAUUUUCCAACACUAAUUACAAUAAUUAUCCCAGCAACUAAUUUGCCAACACCAUCCUCAUCAUCUGGCCAAAAUUCAUUGCCUCGUCCGCUAGUGCUGCUGGUGGUGGUGGUGGAGGUUCACUAAAUAACGGUGGUGUCCAACAGACAUCACAUCACCAUCAUCAUCAUGCCAAUAGCAAUGGUGUUGUCAUCAACGGUAGCAUUGGUAAAAUAGCUGACUAUGAUCCUCUAUCCGAUGGUCCACGUAAUUUACCGAAUCCAAAUAGACAAAGUACUACCCUGAUCUAUAGUUCCGAUAGUCGUGGUAAUGUUAAUAAUUCUUAUCCAAAACGUAUUGGUUCGGUAGCCGAUAUUGAUCCCGUUAAUGGUAUUUAUGGUUCUUUGUCAGCUGAACAACAAUUACAACAGCAGCAGCAACAACAACAACAUCAUUUACAACAACAGCAACAAUAUUAUCAACAUAUGCCAGCAGUUCAACAGCAACAACAACAAAUACAUCACAGUGUACAGCAAAAACAGUCGAAACAAAGUUUGCGGGUUUAUCGUGCUCUAUACGAUUACGAAGCUCAGGAUGUUGAUGAAGUUAGUUUCCGUGAAGGUGAUAUUAUAUUCGAAGUGGAAUCAAUUGAUUCGGGCUGGAUGACUGGUCGUGUGGAACGUACAGGUAAAACCGGUAUGUUGCCUGCUAAUUAUGUAGAGAAUGCGGUUAUAUAA